AAAUAAAUAAAUAUUCAUUUCUAAAAAAAAAGCAUAAGGAGUAUAACUUUUCUUUUACACUUAUGGGUAUAAGAUUGCCCGUAUUAUUAUGUGUAUCCCUUGAGAGGGAACAAGGAUGCUGCCCCAAGGCUGUACUGUUGUUUCUUGGCUCUUCUCCUUGUCUCUGCAACCCCUUCUUUCCCUGAUUAGCAACGGUCGGAACCUGUCCCUAGGAUCUCGGGGAAGAUCAUGGAGGCUCAAGGAGGCCCAUUUCCUAAGAACAGAAAUGGACACAUAAAGGCUUUUGUGCCCAGGAGCCCCGCAGGGACUCAGUCCCCAGCAGAGAGGGGCUGCUGCCCUCCUGGACAGAUCCCUUCUCUUGAGAAUCCAUGAUAAAGGCAGUCGUUAACCCCCUUCCCCCACAAGAAAAGACAACUAAGGAGGGGGCCCGGGCGCUCCUGGUUUGUGCCAAGCCCUGGCUGCAACCCUCAGCCUCUGGACUUCCCUGGCUCCUCCCCCUGGUCCCUCCACCACCCUCACCCCACAAGCACUUAAUACUUCCAGCACCCAGUCCACCACCUCCCAGAGACUUUAGCCUUGGCUGUAGCUCGUGUGGGGCCCUGGGAAGACUGGGAGCAAAGUUUCUCAAGCGAAGCAAAAGAAGCUUCAGGUGUUGUAGUACCUGCUCGCCUUCCGCCGAGGAGGUCGCCUGGGCUCCAGCUAUGUGGCUGCCUCUGCUGCUGGGAGUCUUGCUCUGGGCACUGCUAUGGUUGCUCAGGGACCGGCAGAGCCUGCCCACCAGCGAUGCUUUUGUCUUUAUCACCGGCUGUGACUCGGGCUUCGGACGGCUUUUAGCACUGAGGCUGGACCAGAGAGGCUUCCGAGUCCUGGCCAGCUGCCUGACCCCCUCUGGAGCCGAAGACCUACAGCGUGUGGCCUCCUCCCGCCUCCACACCACCCUGCUGGAUGUCACUGAUCCCCAAAGCAUCCAGCGGGCAGCCAAGUGGGUGGAAACACAUGUUGGGGAAGCAGGGCUUUUUGGUCUGGUGAAUAAUGCUGGCGUGGCUGGCAUCAUCGGGCCCACCCCUUGGCAGACACGGGAGGAUUUCCAGCAGGUGCUGAAUGUGAACACACUGGGUCCCAUCGGGGUCACCCUUGCCCUGCUGCCCCUGCUGCGGCAGGCCCGGGGCCGGGUGGUCAACGUCAGCAGUGUCCUGGGUCGCCUGGCAGCCAAUGGAGGGGGCUACUGCGUCUCCAAGUUUGGCGUGGAGGCCUUCUCUGACAGCCUGAGGCGGGACGUGGCUCCUUUUGGGAUUCGAGUCUCCAUCGUGGAGCCUGGUUUCUUCCAAACCCCUAUAACAAACCCGGAAAGUUUGGACAACAUCAUAAAGACCCGCUGGGCACGGCUGCCUCCAGCCACACAGGCCCUCUAUGGGGAGGCCUACCUCACCAAGUACCUGAGACUGCAGCAUCAUUUCAUGAACCUGCUCUCUGACCUGGACCUGACCAAAGUGAGCAGGUGCCUGGAGCAUGCCCUGACUGCCCGUCACCCCAGAACCCGCUACAGCCCAGGCUGGGAUGCCAAGCUACUCUGGCUGCCAGCCUCCUACCUGCCAGCCAGCCUGGUGGAUGCUGUGUUCACCUGGAUCCUUCCCAAACCUGCUCAGGCAGUCUACUAAAGCCAUCCCUCCAGCAAGAGAUUGUUGUUUAAGACAGGACUUUAUUUCUGCCGCCACUCCCCCCCCCACCACCACCCUGCUGCCCUGGUACUGCCUGGUGUCUGGCACAAGAUUGGCACUCAAUAAAUGAGUAUUGUUCAAAACAAAA